AUGUCCGAUAGCAACCCUUUCGAACUUUUAAAAGAAGAAAUGGAAUCUGAUGAGAUAUCUGUUAGAGUAAAUGCAAUUCACAGAUUAAAAAUAGUCGCAACUUUAAUGGGAGCCGAUUAAAUUAAAUCAAUAUUAAUUCCUUAUAUUGAAAGCUUAAUAAAAAAAGAAGAGGAUGAGGUUUUGUUUGCAAUUGCUUAAUAAUUUGAAAAUUUAUCUUAAUUAUUAUAAGGAAAUUAAACUAUUUUAUUACCAAAUUUAGAAAUGCUUGCAAGUUCCGAAGAAACAGUUGUCCGUGAAUAAGCAGUUAAAUCUAUGAUAAACAUAGCAAAUUCAUUUAAUGAUAAUGAAGUUUAAAAUCUUUAUAUUCCAUUAAUAAUACGUUUAGCUAUAAAUGAUUAAAAUUUUACAUGUAGAGUAUCUUCAGUUCAUUUAAUGUGCACAAUAUAUCCACGUGCAGGUGCUUAUAAAGAUAAAAUCCGCACAAAAUUUAUUGAAUUAUGUAGUGAAGAAACACCUAUGGUCCGUCGAGUAGUUGCCUAAAAAAUCGGCGAAUUUUCCACAGUUAUUGAAAAGGAAUACGUAUUAUCAUCCUUAAUAUAAAGUGUUAAAUAAUUAAUAUCUGAUGAAUAAGACUUAGUUCGUGUUUUAGUUUUAAAUUCAUUAAAACUUAUAGCAAAAGUAUUAAAAAAAGACGAGAAUAAAUAACACACACUACCAAUAAUAAUAGCCGCAACUGAAGAUAAAUCCUGGCGAGUCCGUCUUUCUUUAUCUAAGAUUUUCCCCGAAAUCGCCGAGGCUUUUGGUGAAGAAGGUGAUUCAGUAUCUUUAAUUUAAAUAUUUACUAAUUUAUUAAGAGAUACAGAAAAUGAUGUUAGAUCAGCUUCUAUAUAGUCUUUGACUAAAUUUUUGAAAAUUCUUUCUCCUGAAAAAUUGGUCAUUAUAAUACCUCAUUUAUAAUAUUUGGCUAAAGACUCCGUUUUUUAAGUCAGAGCAGGAGUCACUGAAGUAGUAUAUUUAAUGAUAAAUAUUUUACCAAAAGAUACUAUAGUUUAAAAAUUAUUACCACUUAUAAUAGAACUGUUUGAUGAUGAAAGUAAGGAAGUUAGAUAAGGAGCGACUAAAGCAGUAUCUAAAUAUGUUGAGGUUAUAGGUGUUGAUGCUUUAAAAACUGCUAUACCACUUUUUAAAAAAACUAUAGAGGAUAAUAAGUGGAGGGUUAGGGUAGAAACAUAUGAUGCAUUAGCUAAUAUUGCCAAAAGUAUUAAAAACUAAGAAGUUUUUGUCAAUAAUAUCGAAAGUAUCUACUUUAGUUAUUUAAAAGAUAGAGUAGCAGCUGUUAGGGAAAAUGCAGCUGAAAAAUUAUAGAUAGUUAUUUAAAUUUAUAAAGAAUGGGCAACAAGUAGAUUAUUUAAAUUCCUUUAGGAAGGUUUAAAUAAAGAUAAUAAUUAUUUAUAUAGAUAAAGUGUACUUUAAUCUUUAAAAGUAAAAUUAUAUAUAAUUUAUAUGUAAGUAUAUUUAUAUAAAUAAAAGAUUCUUGGUUUAAAUUGUAAUCUGGAUUUUGUUAAUAAUCAUCUACUUCCAGUUAUUAUUAAAUAGUGUGGUGAUAAUUGUCCUAAUAUUAAAUUUGUUUGUGUUAAAGUACUUAAAGAAAUUGCAAAAAGAAAAGAAAUUUAAUAAGGAGAUAUUAGAAGUGCACUUAAUGGAAUGUGUAAUGAUAAUGAUAAAGAUGUCAAAUAUUUUGCUUAGGAAGCAUUAUAGGAUAUUUGA